CGGGGGCGGCCAGAGCCGGGCGCUGCGGGCAGCAGGGACCGCUCCGCUCCGCUCCGCGCCGCUCCGCGCUGCAGCCAUGGCCCCGGGCUCGCCCGCCGCUCGCCGCCGCGCCGCGCCGCGCCUGCUGGCCGCGCUCCUGGGUUUGCACAUCUUCGCCAUUGCCUUCGCCUUGGAGGUGUCGGUGGGGAAGACCAACACGGUGACGGCUCUGAACAACUCCAAUGUCCUGCUGCCCUGCGUCUUCACCACCUGCAUAGGCUUCCAGGACCUGGUCUUCACAUGGUAUUUCAACUCCACAGAGCUGAUUUACCACGGCAAGAUAAAGAACAAAGCCACGGAGCCCACCCCCGUCUGGCACAACCCGCGGGUGGAGUUUGUCGGCUCCACCACCAAGAAGGACAACAACAUCUCCAUCGUGCUGAACAACGUGGAGUUCAGCGAUGCUGGCAAGUACACCUGCCACGUCAAGAACCCCAAGGAGAAGAACGCCCAGCACAACGCCACCAUCUUCCUCACCGUGGUCCAUAAGAUGGUGAAGACGGACAACACUGUGACGCUCAUCAUCGUGGGCGUGGUGGGGGGCCUCAUCGGCCUCCUCAUCCUCUUCAUGCUCAUCAAGAGGGUGGUCCUGUUCAUCAUCAAGAAGACGCAGGAUGGGAAGAAGGAGUGUCUGGUGAGCUCGUCGGGGAACGACAACACCGAGAACGGCCUGGCCGGCUCCAAGGCGGAACAAAAAGCACCACCAAAGGCAUGAACGAAGCAGCGGCGCCCCGCGCCCGCCUCGCCCCGCCGUGGGAGCCCGGGCACGGGACGGGCAUCCUCUUUUGUUUUCUUUCCGAACUGCCAGCGCUUGAGACAUGUUUCUAUUACACACGUGCCUGCAACCUGCACUGCUUCUCGGACAGGGCUGCGGCUGCCGGGGGGACUGGGAGCUUCUCGCGGACUCGGACUGGGAGGCUGCUGGGGCACGGGGAGCCGCCGGCUCCGCUCUGAGCACAGGCAAGAACAGGGUGCGGGGCAGGGUGGGUGCCGUGCCCGGGUCGGGUGCUGGGCACCGGGGGUCCCGGUGUGCCCGGAGGAUGGAGCGUGGGGUGACCCUCUGGGUGCUGGCGGUGCUGAGCUGGGGUGGCUGGGAGCUGCUGCUGCAUCCAGGAGGUUUCUGGAGCAGGGCAGGGAUGCUCGGAGCCGGCGGUGCAGAUGGAGUGGCACAGGGAGGAAGCAGGGCUGUGAUAAGCACACUGGAUAACCACAUCAGUGACAGACUGUGCCUCGGUUUCCCCCACAGCAGGGCUGGGGAGGUGGCCGUGUCCCAGAACCAUCCCUGGGAGCAGGGGGGCUUCUCCCCAGGCAGCCAUGCCGGGAGCUCUCCCUGGCUUUGUGCUGCCCCCUCCCCUCUCUCUGGAGCUCAGAGAUGCUUUUGAUGCUGGUGCCAAGGCUGAAGUCGUUACCUGGAUGUUUCUGUACGAGAUUCCAGGGGGAAAGCAGCCAAUUGCGUUUCCCUUCUGCCCUGGCAGGGAGGCAGCUCAGCCAAGCCCUGGCGAGGGGAGCCAGGCCGGGGCUGUGCCACCGGCCUGCUGGGCAACCCUGGGCAAGUUGCUCUGCCUCUCCAUGCCUCAGUUUCCCCAUCUGUAAAAUGGGGACAAAAAUACUGCUCUACCUCACGGGGUGGGUGUGAGGUUUCCUUGGCUGUGAUGGUGAAGUGCUCUGGGAUGAGGGGUGCUGCAGAAAGCCUGGGGGGCUCUGUGAGUGGACUCACAAGGAUGUGAGACACGAAGUGAGCGAGCUACAUCUGAAGUGGACAAUUUCCUUUACAAUGUGAUUUGUUCCCUUUUUCUCCAAUUUGUGGGUGUCUGACAGUGAAGCUGCAGGACAGGCAGCUCCCCUGCCCCCAUGGUAAACUGGGAUUCACAGGUGAGCCAUGGCUUGCUGUGGAGGUUUGUGCCCUGGCAGAGGUGCUGGAGCGGGAGGUAGGCGAGGAUUUGGUGGCCAAGGUGACGAGGAAAGGCUGGGUGCUGCUUUCUCUGGAGAUGCUGGUGCACAGCGGGCUGGUCACCCCAGGCUGGGCCCGGGGGCACCCACUGGAGCAGGGCUGUGUGCCUGGGACAGGUAUUGGCACCUGGCCCUUAGCAGGUCCCCUUGGCUGUUGAUAAGACAGGCAAGUGGGAGUCGGGAUCCCGAUCCUCUCUCUGGGGGUCUGAGGGACCUCAGACCAACUCAGCACCUCUCUGUGCUUCAGUGUCCCCACUGUGGGCUGGGGGCAGUGAGUGUGAGCUGCCUCUCAGCUCUGCCCCAGCCCCGGCGCGGAAGGCGCUCUGGUGCCAGGCGUUGUGACACGCCAGGAGGAGCCUGAGACCUCCCAGUCACCCCAAGAGACCCCUGGCCCGUCCUUGGAGGAGCCCUCCCGCGGGGGAGGACAGCGAGGUGAGGAAGGGAGUUUUUUAAAGACUAUUUUUAGCCGUCCUAACCUGUUGGCCUUUUUUAGCCGGCGCGUGGACGCAGCGCCACUUCCUGCCGGAUAUGCAAUGCUGCACUAUGCAUGGAUUUCUCCUCUGGCUUGGUGGGAAACGGCCACAUGAGCAGUUUUAGGGAUGUAACCCCGUGUGCACGCAGGGCUCUGGGGGUGCUGGCUGCCCCGGGGGCUUGUGCCAGCACCGAGGGGUCCCUGCUGUCACCGGGGCUUUGGGGGGGCUGCAGAGGCAUUUUGGGGAGGGGUCACCCUGGGGGUGUGUGCUGCCACGGACACGUGUGUGUGUGUCCCAGGACACGUAAAGCUGCGUGGGAGGAAGCUGCGUGUAAGCACAGGGGUGUGCGCCGGGCUGGUGAUGACUUACAGCACAUCUUUGCACUGUAGAGGUUUAGUUAGCUUUGCCUUGAAUGAAAUAAAGUUUAUGUUUACUAGAGAAA